CUGGAACAUCAGCUGUGGCCCCGCCCACCUGAUCCAGCCUACGUCACUGUCAUUACCUCUAGUCGUCACACCUGCGCUACACUUUGAAAGAGAAGCACACGCGACGCCUGUCAACAGCAUUUUGCCGCAAAUAAGUGAAUGUAAUGAGUGAUUUUAAGUCUGUGGAGUCAGUCAUCUGUGCUAAAGCAUGACCGGGUUCCAGACCCACGUCGUUAUGGUUUUUUCGGUAUUGAUCUGGAACCUCAAACCCAGCAGGACACUGUCGGACGUCCACUGCAGAGAUGACCUGGAGUACUCCAACGGCAACCUCUGCUGUUUAAAGUGUCCAGCUGGUACUCGUAUGCUAUCGGCCUGCACCAGAUCAGGAGAGAAGGGAAAGUGUGUGGAAUGCGAUGAUGGGACGUUCAUUCAGCACGCCAGCGAUCUAAAGCAGUGUUUCCCGUGCACAUCGUGUCACUCAGAUCAGGAAAUUGUAAGGCCGUGUACUCACAUUCAAGAUGCUGAAUGUCAGUGCAGAUUGGGAAGAUUUUGCGCUCCUGAUGAAGCGUGUGAGGUGUGCAGGAAGUGUUCAAGGUGUAAACAAGAUGAAGAGAUAGUGAGGAACUGCACCCAUGAUGCCAACACGGAGUGUAAGAAAAUGCAACCCAAAGAUGGCUCAGCCUCAGCCUCAGCAAAAGCCUCUGUGAUUGUGCCACUGGUGCUGGUUGCUGCCGGGAUAAUAUUUGUGAUAAUUGUUGGUGUGGUCGCUGUGUACCGACAUCGCAGAACAACAGACUCUCGGGGGAAUCUAUCUAACAGGCUGAAACCUGGACAGCAUCCCUUCGACAGCUGUCCAACUGAUGAAAGGAGUAACGGAGAAACCCGAAGGCCGAGCUGCUCCAAUCUGAUCCUGUCCCGGCAACUGGUGAGAGCCAAAUCCUCCUUCGGCAUGGAGGAUGAGCGUAAAGUGCUGUGUGAAAGCCUCAGCAGCUCAGCCAGCAGCUCAGCCAGCAACUCCCAGCACAGUCUAACCGGCCUGCCCUCCUCUGCCUUCCCCGCACCUCCCCCCCAAGCCAGCAUCGUGGUCCCCAGGCAGCCCGACAGGAGGGAAGAUGAGCAAUUUCUUAAGCUUGUUCCUGUGAAUGGUGAAGAGUCUCUGAGGAAAUGCUUUGAGUAUUUUGAAGACAUAGACUUCAACCACCACAAGAGAUUCUUCCGUCACCUCGGGAUUGUCGACAACGUGAUCAAAAGCAAAGAGCACCUUCUCUACGAAGACAAGAUCCAUGAACUGCUGAAUAUUUGGGUGGAGAAAGAGGGCAGAGACGCCACCUUAAAUGACCUGCUGAAGGCAUUACUCGAUUUGAAUCAAAGACGAACAGCUGAGACUGUGAAGGAGAAAGCUAUUCUCAAUGAUCAUUACUUCAGUGAGAACUAAUGAGAGGUGAAUUGUUUUUUAGAAAACAUGGUCUUGCGAGUAGCACUUAUGGUGUUGGUUCAUUGUUGCUGAAAGCUUAUGCACCAUCCAGUACUGGUUGGAGUAGCAUCACA